UAUGCAAUUGACAACAGCCUUAGGGCACCCCUGGAUGAAGCUAUUGUUAAUCUAAGGGACCACAUCACCAAGGUUGCUAAGCUAGAGAAGUACUUGGAGGAAAGAUUCCCCAUAAAGUGGCUUCACUUUUGGCAUGAGAUUGAGCAGUUGCGCAAUAACCAAAUGCACUCAAUUAGCUUCACAGAGGUAAAAGAUCUAGCUGCAAAGUGUGGUAUCAUCAAAAGAAAACUAGUGUUUACUUCAUUGCAUUUAUAUCAUGACCUUGGAAACAUUGUCUAUUAUGGUAAACUUGAUACACCAGACAGCCUCCUCAAUGAUAUAAUCAUACUCAAUCCGCAGUGGUUGAUAUUGGUCUUCAGCAAAGUGUUUACAGUCAAUGCUUUCUCAAACAAAUAUUCCCAUUUGGAAAGUUCGUUGGAAAGACUUCAUGAGCAUGGAAUCUUGGAAGAGAGGCUACUCAGACACAUGUGGCAUAAAUUUCUCGAUCAGUUUGAAUUCUUGUCAGAGCUAAUGCAGAAGUUUGACUUGCUGUGUUUGAAAACUUGUUUGAAAACUGAAUCUGAUGAGAUGCCAGCUGAUGUUGUCCAAUCAACCGAGGAAGGCAUCCGGCUCUUUUAUGUACCAUCCCUGCUAAAGAAGCAAGAUGAUGAAACGGUGUGCAAAGAUCAGCCGGUGGAAUCUAAGUCAAUGGUCAUCCUGUACAUUGACUUCAAUGGGUUCCUACCUGAAGGCAUAUUCUACCGACUUGUUGUGAGGCUUGUGCAAUGGUCACAGAAUAAGAAAGGCUAUGAGCCAAGGCUCUUUUACCAACGGGCCAUCCUUUUUGUAGAUGAAAGUCAUGAAAUGAUUGUGAGGAUUCUGCCCGAAAAAAGUUCUUGCAUUGAG